GUCCAACCUGUGGCGCCAUCUUUAACUGAGCUUUAUAAUAAUAACAUCGCUACAUUUCAUUUUGGCUUGAGCAAAAUCACUCGCGCUUUCUUUAAAUGCACAUUUAUCUGCGUCACACUUAAAUUAAUUUAACCAACAUGACAUUCAGAUCUAACCACAAUGAGAUCAGAUAGCAUGCAUGCUAAGGCCACGUCAAGCUUAAACAUAAGCUUCUUCUGUUCUCUAAAACCAACGCCAACAGGUUUUUAGUGGCUUUAAAGACACACGAAAAAAGAAAAAGUUGAUGAGAUUUAUUUCAGGUCAAUAUUUCAGUUUUUGUUGCUUUGCCUUUGGAGAGAAGAUCAAAUGCUCACAUGCUUUUUGAAUAUAUAUAUUUUUUACAGCUUUUAAACAAUUUAUCCCUUCAGAGGAUUCUAGUUGAUUUAAUACAACACAAUGUGGCCCAGUUUUCAGGUAGUGGGCUAUAAAUUUACUAGAAGAGACCUGAACAUUCAGUUCUCGUAAACACAGGUGGUUUUGUGGUCACAAUGGUCGGACUGAUAGUUAUUGGUAACUACAACAAACCUCUGUAGUUACAGGUGUUGCUGGAGAAAAGUACAAAGUGACAUUUUCUUGAUCGGUCCAUUUUAUCAUCUAAGGAGAAAUUCUGAGCAAGGGAAAUGUUAAAUAUCUUCAGGUAGUUAUAAACCGUUUUCGGUUGAUAACUAAUGAACUAACAGCUCUACUGUAGUUUUUUCUCUAUUUUGAAGGUGAAAGGUAUUCCUUAAAAUGCAGGAAGUAAGUCCAACAGGCAACAAUAGGUUUAUUUCUGUCAUCAAGACCAUAAGUUUACAGCUACUGUUUUGCAAAAAUAGUGUUUCACUAUUAAAAAUAAUAACCAACAGCUUUGUUUAAGAUUUCACUGCAGGUAAUAGCAACAUUCAAUGUCUUUGCACAAUCUAUGCAUGUGUGACUGCUGCUGCAGGUGUGGUUUUGUGGUCAUUUCAGUGAAAAUCCUUCGUCCACACUGUUCGUGAUAAAACUCACCACUACAUAUCAGUUGAAAUUCGUUUUAACUAUUUAUAUUAUAUGCAACUUCAGUCAAUUUUUCCUACAAGCUUAAUUUCUUUUAAAUCUCAUCUGAUUUCCUUUUCAGGAUACGUGAGAAGAGACUCUCAGCAGCUCGUUUGUGGUCGGCCAUGUUUGUUUUUCCCACUCAUCACCUUCUCAGAACACAACUCACUGAUUUGAUUCAGUAGCAGCGGUGGUCCUGCGUCUUGCCUGUUGUGAGCCAAUUGUGUGUUCUUAUGCACAUUAAUGCAUUAUAAAUAUUCAACAUGGCGGGAUAAAAUAGCCAAUCAGCUUGCCUUAAACUAAUUGUGUAUCGUUACGUGUACAUUUAGCAACAUAAGAGUUACACCUUUAAAUAGAAACUCCUCCUCAAAAGGAGACGCACUUUGGAGCAUUAGUUUGUUUUCACACACUUCGACAACUAAAAAGGAAGAAGACUUCAUUCUCUUUUUACCUCCUGUUCGUCUGGAAAAGGUGCUUCACUCAUUUUGGACUAGAAUCAUGAAGGUCCUGCCAUUCUGCCUGCUCGUCUGCUUGCUCCCCCUGCAGGCCACCACCUCCGAGUUCGUAAAUACAACCUGCACCCCGGAACUGGAAAACACGCGCGAGCGCUACGAGAAGUUCAAAAGGCAGCACGUGGACAAGAAGAUGGCGGCGCAAAAAUGCACGGCAGUGAUGAAACAGAAGAAGAUCUACGACGACAACAACGUCUGCAAGAAGACGAACACGUUCAUUCUCGCUGAUGCCAAGGAAGUCCAGUCUGUCUGUAAGGGUCAAGGCAUUUAUAAUAACGAAAGUCAUUACACAGAGAGCAAAAAGAAGUUCAGAGUUGUGGUUUGUACGGUCAAGAAGCAAGCCAGGAAACCCAAAUGUGAAUACAAUGGAAAAUGUCUGAAAAACAGAGUCAUUGCUGUGAGUUGCAAAGAUGGUUUACCUGUGCACUUCGCAGGAGAUCACAAGUAAACCUAAUGGUGAGGAAAAAGCUUUAAAACAACUUUUUAAAAUUAAAGAUACUUACUAUAUAUACACCUUUUGAUGCAUUUUAGGAAACAACUAUGUCUUUCAUUUUUUGGCGUAUAAAAAAACCCAACCUAAUGUAUUUUCCUCAAAGUAUAAACAGAAUAAAGCCAUUACAUUGAACCUA